AUGGCAGAGAAGCAAGCUGGACCAAUCCGGCCAGGAAGCUACUGGUACGACUAUAGAGCUGGAUUCUGGGGAGUAAUGGGAGGUCAAUGUCUUGGAAUCUUACCGCCUUUCAUUGAAGAGCUGAAUUACCCAAUGCCAGAGGAUUGCGCUGGCGGAACCACAAGAGUCUAUGUGAACGGAAGAGAGCUUCACCAGAAAGACCUGAGAUUGCUCAAUGCAAGAGGUCUCCCGAGGGAGAGAGAACGGUCCUACACGGUUUACAUCUCAGGUAGAGUCAUAGACGAAGACACCGGUGAAGAGCUAGCUAGUCUUGGCAAACUCGCCCCAACGGUCGAUAAGCUGAAGCGUGGGUUUGGGAUGAGAGUUCCAAGGAGAAGUGCAUGA